AUGCAAGCAAUUGAGGAGAUUGAAAAACUUUGGGAGGGGUCAAGAAGGGAGAGAAAUGAAACUAACCACAUGAAAGCAAAGAUCAAUCAACAACAAAAUGAAAUAGAAAGGCUAAUGACUGAGAAACAAGAGCAAAACACAAAGAUGGAGCUGAUGAGAAUGGAGAUAGAGAAUGUUAAUGAAAAACUGAAACAGAACAAGGAGGAAAUAAAUAUAGAGAAAGACAGAAUUCGACAAAUGUGGGCUGAUGUCCAAGCAGAGAAAGACAUUCUGGAGAGAAGACGCAAUGAGACCAUUAACGAGAGACAGAGUUUGGAAUUGAUCAAGUAUGAGACAAUGAGAGCAAAAGAGGAGAUGGAGCACUGCAAGGAAACAACAAAACAAGAGCAGGAGAAAAUGGAAUGGAUGAAGGCUGACAUCCAGGGACAGAUAGAGGACAUAGAAAUAAGAAUUGCAGAAACCAAUCAAGCGAAAGAAAAAAUGGAAGAGAUGAGGGCCGAUGUACACAGGGAGCGAGGUCAGCUGGAGACAAAAAGAGAUGAGAUUAAAAGACAAAAAGAACAAUUUGAGCAGAUUAAAUGUGAGAUAAACAAAGUAAAAGAAGAGAUGGAGCGAAGGUGGUAUGAAACUGAGAAAGAAGAGCUUGAGCAGAGAGCUAGGCUCCAGCAAGAGAAAGAGGAACUGGCUAAUGUAAAAGCUGAGCUGCAAAGAGCUAAAGAGGAGAUUGAUCAAAGCAGGGAGAACACAAAGCAAGAGAAGGACCUGGUAAACAAAAUGAAAGCAGAGAUUCUUCUAGAGAAGGAUUCACUUGAGAAGGACAAACAAGAAACAUUAAGAACACAAAAGGAGUUGGAGCAGAUCAAGUAUGCGAUUCAAAUGGACAAAGAGGAGAUUGAGCAAAACAGAGAGGAAGCAAACCGAGAGAACGAUAAGAUGGAACAGAGGAAAGCUGAACUGCGGAGACAAAUGGAAAAGAUUGAGAGAAGAAUUGAGGAGACAAGGCAAGAAAAUGACAGAAUGGAACACGUAAAAGCAGAGAUACAGAGAACGAAAGAGGCACUGGAGAAACAAAAAGAUGACACCAGGAGAGUGAAGGAAGAAAUGGAAAAAAGAAGGUAUGAGACUGUCAAGGAGGAGCUGGAGCAGAGAGCUGAAAUACAGAGAGAGAGGGAAGAAGUGGAAAUGCUAAAGUUUGAAAUACAGAAAGCCAAGGAUGUUGAAAAAAUAAGACAAGACAGAGAGAGAGAGGAAGCCAAAAAGUGGAGUGAAGAAGUAAAGCGACAGAGAGACGUGAUCAAACAAUUGAGAGCCGAAAUUCAGAAUGAAAAAGACAACCUGGAGAGGAAAAAGCAAGAGACAAUGAGAGAGAGACAAGAAUUGGAGAAGAUUCAUUUUGAAACACUGAGAAUGAAAGAGGAGAUUGAGCAAAGCAGGGAGAUCACAAAAAGAGAAAAGGAGCAAAUGGCACAGAUGAAAGCUAAUAUACAGAGACAGAUAGAAGAUAUAGAAGAUAAAGUUACAGAGACAAAACAAGCAAAAGACAAAAUGGAAGAAAUUAAAGCAGAGAUACAGAGACAACGUGAAGAUUUAGAGAGUAGAAGUAAAAAGAUCAAGAAAGAGAGAGAGCAUUAUGAAGAGAUUAAGUAUGAGAUAAUUCAAUUGAAAGAGGAAAUGGAAAGAAAAUGGUGUGAAACAGAGAAAGAAGAGGUGGAACAGAGAGCAAGAGCACAGCGAGAGAAGGAAACGCUUGAAAGGUUGAAAGAGGAAAUACAGGAAGUGCGAGAUGAAAUAGAAAGGAACAAGGUGGAAACUCAGCGAGAAAAAGAAAACCUAGAAAAAAUGAAAGCCAGUGUAAAAGACGAGAAAAACAUUGCAGAGAAAAUAUCAGAAGAGGUUAAAAUAAAGAAUGAGGACUUAAUGGAAAUGGAGCUUAAACUUCAGGAAGAAAGGGAAGAGAUCCAGAGGAGCAAGCAAGUCACAAAGCAAGAGAAGGAAGCGAUCAUAGAGAUGCAGGCUGAACUCCAAAGACAGAUGAAAGAAAUAGAGAACCGUGUGAAGGAGACAAACAAAGAAAAAUAUGAGGUGGAUCAGGCAAAGAUGGUCGUACAAAAAGUGGAGUCCCAGCUGAAAAAGCAAAGGGAUGAGGCUGGAAGAGUAAAAGAUGAAAUUGAGAAACAGAGAUAUGAAGCAGCGAAAGAAGAGCUUGAACAACGAGCUGAAAUCCAAAGAGAAAGAGAAAUGUUGGAGAAAAUAAGAGAUGAGAUACAGAGAGCUAAAGAGGAUUCCAAAGAAAUACAGCUUCAGAACAAAAAAGGGGACUUACAAAAUAAGCUGGAUGAAGCAAAGCAAGAGAGAGAGAUGCUUGAGCAAAUUAAAACUGAGGUUUUGUCAGAAAGGGCCAUAUUGAAAAGACAAAUCCAUGAAACCGCAAGAGAAAGAGAGGACUUGGAAUUGCUUCGGUGUGAGACCCUGAAGAAAAAGCAGGAGUUUGAGAAAAAGAGGGAUGAAGCUGUCAAGGAAGAGCUUGAACAGAGAGCUGAAAUGCAGAGAGAUAGAGAGGAGAUCGAGCGAACUAAGAAUCAAAUAGAGAGGGAGUUAAAACAAGGCAGGGAUGCCACAAGUCUAGAGAGAGACAAAGUUGAACUGAUGAAGGUUGAAAUACAGAACCAGCACGAUGAAAUGACAAGAUCCAUUGAGAGGACAAAGCAAGCAAGAGAUGUGAUGGAACAGAUGAAAUAUGAAAUUCAGAGAGAAAAAGAACUUUUGGAGAGAAUAAAGGAAGAAACAAUAAGAGAGAAAGAACCCUAUGAAAAGGUCAAGUAUGAGCUAAACAGAGUAAAAGAAGAGAUGGAAAAACUCUGGGACGAGGUAGAGAGGGAGGAACAGGAAGAGAGAGCCAAACUGCAGAGAGAAAAGGUGGAGUUGAAUAAGAGAAUGGAGGAAAUUAAGAAAGAGAUGAACCAGAUAGAAAUAAUUAAAUUUGACCUACAGAGACAGAGAGAUGACAUUGAAGCAAGGAUGGAGAAGACAAAGAGAGAGAUGGACAAGCUGGAACAGAUGAAGGCUGAAAUACAAAGACAGAAAGAUGACAUUGAAAACAAGAUGGCAAAAACAAAGAGUGAGAAAGAUGAGAUAGAAAGGAUCAAAUCUGAGAUACAGAAGCAGAAAGAGGAAAUUGAAAACAAAAUCCAACAAGCAAAGACAGAAAUGAAUGAGAUGAAAAGUGUGAGGGAAGAUAUUCAGAGACAGAGACAAGAGAUCGAGAACAAGAUGCAAAAGACCAAGAGAGAGAUUGGAGAGAUGGAACUAGUGAAGACUGAGAUGCAAAGGAAGAAAAAGGACCUUGAACAGAGGAUGAGAAAGACUAUGAGAAAAAAGGAAGAAAUGGAAAAGAUGAAGGAUGAAAUAGAGAGAGCUAAAGAAGAGAUGGAACAAAGAAGGGAAGAGACCAAAAGGGAGAGCGAUGCAAUUGAACAGGCGAAGGCUGAAAUAGAAAGAGCAAAAGAAGAACUGGAGAUUCGUAUGGAAGAGAGCUUUGGAGAUAUUGAUGAGAAGGAACAGAUGAACGCUGAGAUACAGAGAUUAAUCCAAGCGCUAGAGAGAACUCGAGAAAUGGUACGACAAACGAAAGUGGCAAUGGAAAACAGGAUGGAAGAAAGCAAUAUGGAGAUGGGUGACAAAGACAGAAUGAAUGCUGAAAUCCAGAGAUUGAUUCUAGAGGUGGAACAAACCAGAGAGUUGUUAAGAAGGGUGAAAGAAGAAAUGGAACAGAGCAAGGAGGAGUUAAAAGGGGAAAAGGACAAAAUCAGACUGAUGAAGACAGAGACACAAAAAAGAAAAAAAGAGCUGGAGCAAAGGAUGGAGAAGGCCACACGAGAGAGGGAUGAGUUAGAACUGGUGAAGUCAAAGAUACAGAGACAAAAGGAAGAGCUGAAACAGAAGAUGGAAGAUGUAAAGACUGAGAGUGAAAAUAUGGAACAGAUGAAAGAUGAAAUACAGAGAGCGGUUGCAGAGAUAGACCUGGCAAGGGAGGAGAUACAAAGAGCAAAGAGGAAGAUUAAAGAGGACAAUGCAAAGAAAGAGAAGGUAUGUACUGAAUUAUUGUGUUACACAUUUUUUAUACGACUUUUAGGGCCAACAUCCCCAAGAUUGGUUGUCAAAUUUGUUGUGGAAAAAUCUCUGAUUCACACGCAAAAAUCUCUGAUUCAUUCACAAAGAAAUACAGGCCUGCUAAUUACACAAGUCCAAACUCAAAAUAAAUCAGCACAGAAAUUGAAGUAAUAUAGCCAGAAGACAGUAAACUACUAAACAGAAGCUUGCACAUUUUUUAUAAUGCCAUCAACAAAAUAUACUGAAAAAAUAUAUAAACGCAACAUGUAAAGUGUUGGUCCAAUGUUUCAUGAGAUGAAAUGAAAGAUCACAGAAAUGUUCCAUAUGCACAAAAAGCUUAUUUCUCUCAAAUGUUGUGCACAAAUAUGUUUACAUCCCUGUUGGUGAGCAUUUUUCCUUUGCCAAGAUAAUCCAUCCACCUGACAGAGCUGUUGCCAGAUAAUUGCCCAAAUUGUCAGAAACUGCUUCAGGGAAGCUCAUCUGUGUGCUCGUCAUCCUCACCAGGGUCUUGACCUGACUGCAGUUUGGCAUCGUAACCAACUUCAGUUGGUAAAUGCUCACCGUUGAUGGCCACUGGCACGCUGGAGAAGUGUGCUCUUCAUGGAUUAAUCCCGGUUUCAACUGUUCCGGGCAGAUGGCAGACAGCGUGUAUGGCAUUGUGUGGGCUAGCAGUUUGCUGAUGUCAACGUUGUGAACAGAGUGUUCCAUGGUGGCGAUGGGGUUAUGGUAUGGGAAGGCAUAAGCUAUGGACAACAAAUACAAUUGCAUUUUAUCGAUGACAAUUUGAAUGCACAGAGAUACCGUGACGAAAUCCUGAGGCCCAUUGUCGUGCCAUUCAUCCGCCGCCAUCACCUCAUGUUUCAGCAUGAUAAUGCACGGGCCCAUGUCGCAAGGAUCUGUAAAAAAUUCCUGGAAGUUGAAAAUGUCCCAGUUCUUCCAUGGCCUGCAUACUCACAAGACACGUCGCCCAUUGAGCAUGUUUGGGAUGCUCUGGAUCGACGUGUACGACAGCGUUUUCCAGUUCCCGCCAAAAUCCAGAAACAGCCAUCGAAGAGGAUUGGGACAACAUUCCACAGGCCACAAUCAACAGCCUGAUCAAGUCUAUGCAAAGGAGAUGUGUCGCAAAUGGUGGUCACACCAGAUACUGACUGGUUUUCUGAUCCACGCCCCUACCUUUUUUUUAAAGGUAUCUGAGACCAACAGAUGCAUAUCUGUAUUCCCAGUCAUGUGAAAUCCAUAGAUUAGGGCCUAAUGAAUUUAUUUAAAUAGACUGAUUUCCUUAUAUGAACUGUAACUCAGUUGAAUCUUUGAAAUUGUUGCAUGUUGCAUGUUGCAUUUAUAUAUUUUUUCAGAGUAUAUUUCAAAAUGAAUCAGAGAAGUAACUUUAAGUAACUAUGCAUAUGGAGCUCUCCAUCCUCAUUACCAUUAUCCACGGGGUGAAUGUCAAACUGUGAAAUUGAUUCAUUAAGACAUAAUGUUGCUAUGUAAAGUGCCCAGAAGGUAAGUUUCUAAGCUCAAAUGUUCUGCUUUGGAAAGGAUAUGAUGGAGUUUGACAGACAGAAAGAGGAAGAAACCAGAAUGAAAAAAGACAUGGAAAUUAUGAAGACCAUGGUCCAGAGACCACAGGAUGAAACAGAAAAAACAUAUUUUGGAGAUAUGACAAAUGAGACACCAUUUGAGUCACAAGAGCUAAGAACCACCAUUGAAAAAGAAAGAAGAGACUUGGAACGCAGAGAGGAAAUGAUUAUGAGAGAGAAGUAUGACCUGGAAAAGACAAAAGCCGAGUUUGAGAAGGAAAAGGCUGAGAUGGAGAACAUGAUAACAAAACAACGAGAGGAGGACAAACAAAUGAUUGAGAACAUAGAAAAGAAAAAAGAAAAUCUCAAGCAAAUGGAUGCAGAGAUACAAAGAAAAAGACUGGUAAUCGUAAGGGAAAUGCAAUAUAAAAAACAAAAGAUGGAGGACUUGAAAAAAGCCCAAAAGAAGUUCAAACAAACGCAAGUUAAAUUUAGGAAAGAGAAAAUUGAAAUGGGAAAAAUCAAAAGUGUUACCGUGGCAGAAAGAAGUAAAUUAGCAAUAGAGCAAGCUUACAUAGAAAAACGUAAGGAAGAGAUGCAUGCCAUCCUUGAAAUGACAAAGAAGGAGAAUGAAGAUCUGCUGAACUUAAAAGCUAAAAUAGAGGGACGGAAAGAAGACAAAGAUGACUGGGGUGAAUGUCUGAAUAGGGAAAGAAAGGAACUUGAAUAUCUGAUGCAAAAAGAAAAAGAGGACAUGAUAAGAAACAGGAACAUUUCUGAAAAAGAGAAAAGGGACUUGGAGCUGAUGAGAUCUGAGACGCAGAAAGAAAAGGGGACAGUGGAACAAGAGAAGCUUAAGGUACAAGUUGAAAGAGAAAAGCUGGAACAAAUUAAAUUGGAGUUACAGAGAAAGUCCAAUUACCUAGAUAUGGUCAUAGAAGACACAAAGAGGGAGAAAGAAAGUACAUCACACAUUUCUGUCCAAAUACAACAACAAAAGGACGAAAUUGAUUGUUUGGUGGAGGCGACAAAGAGGAGUAAAAUAGAACAAGAAUUGAUGAGCGCUGAAAUGAAAAGAAAGAAAGAGGAGAUAGACAGCAAACAAGACAUUCUAUCAAAGGAGAGAGAAGAUCUGAAUAAACUCAGAACAGAGGUAAACAAUCAGAGAGAAGAGAUUGAAAAUAUCAUGCAAGAGCAAAUUAAAGAAACAUUUGUAAUGAAUCAGAUAAAGACUGAGAUGGAACAAGAGAGAUGUGAGUUAGACAGAAAAAAGAAAAUGAUAGAGCAGAAUAUGGAUGAGCUAGAGCAGAGAAAGUGUGAGAUGAGUAAAGUAGAAAACAUGAUUGUUGAGCUUAGAAAAGAAGAAGAGAGUAUAAAGGAUGAGAUUAACAGGACGAGACAGAACACAGAGCAGAAAAAUGUUGAAAUAGAGAGACUAAAAUAUGAAAUGAAUAGCCAGAUGGAAGAGUUAAAUAUCAGAAAGUGUGACUUGGAAUACAAACAAGCGGAACUGGACAGACAGAGAGAUGAAAUUAAAGCAAUGAAAAAAUAUACGUUCAUGGAAAAGGAUCAACCACUGACAAGGCCCAGUGAAUAUCAAAGAGAUGAGGGAGAGGUGGAUGCCGCCCUUGUACAUAUGAAGACAGGGGAAGAUAAUUUGGUGGAAAUUACAGCUGAUCUGUCUCAACAGAGCGAACAGAUGGAAAAUGAAUGGAAAGUGAAGUUUGAGACUGAAAGACAAGAGCUUGAAGAGCUAAAGAAAGAGAUACAAAAAGGUAAAGAGGAUAUUGAGAUAGGCCAGGACUUGACAAAGAAAGACAGAGAUUACUUGGAGCGUAUGAAGUUUGAAAUCCAGAAGCAAAUGGAGGAAAUACAACAAAACAAAACAUAUGUACAGGAAGAAAAGGAAAAGUUGGAGCAAAUCAAAGCUGAGUUAGCAAGACAGUCAGGGGACAAAGAUCAGGUCAUGGAGGAUACAAAGGGUCGGAAGGAGAAGGUUGAGGAACUUGUUGUGAAAACUCAGAUCCAAAGGGAAGAAGGUGAAAGUGUUAUUGAGGAGACAAAAACAAAACAAAAGGAACUGGAAAACACGAAGGAAGAGAUUCAAAGAAGGGAACAGGACAUAGAAGUAAGUCAGGAUGUGCUACAAAAAGAGAAAGAUGAGCUCAAACGAAUGAAGAAUGAGUUAAAGCAGCAGGGAGAAGAGAUGGAAUCUCUAAUGAAAGACCAAAAGAAAGAAAAAGAAUGUUUGGAACAAAUGAGGACUGAUUUGGAAAGAGAGAGACAAGACAUUAAUAGAAACAAGGACAUUAUAGAAAAGGCAGAGGCUGAAAUAGUGACUGAAAGAGAGAACAUGGAAAACCAGAUUGCUAGACUCAAAGAGGAAGAGGACAGAAUGAGGGAGGACAUAGGAAGGAAGAUGGCCAGCUUAGAGCAUAGAAAUGAAGAAAUCAAAAGACUUAGAGAUGAAAUUGAAAUCCAUAAGGAAGACCUCAAUGUUCAAAAGGUGGAGUUGGAACACAAACGUGAAGAAGUAGGAAAACAGGCAGAGGAAAUGACAGACUGGAGAAAGGACCAAUUGAGAGAGCAGGAUAAGUUGGAAAAAUGGCAAAGUGAAAUAAAUAGAAAAAAAGAAGAAGUGGAUACUGAUCUUGAUCUGGUAAAGAGAGAGAAGGAAUCUCUUGUCAAGUUAAAGGCCGAAAUAGAGGGGCAGAGAGAACAAAUGGAAAAUGAACUGAAGGAAAGUCUAAGGAGAGAAAGGGAGGAACUAGAAAAUAUUAAGCUUGACAUAGAGAAGGCAAAAGAUAUCGAAAAAAGCAACGUUUUAACGAAAGAAGAGAGAGAUGAGUUUGAACGAAUUAAGUUAGAAAUAAAAAGACAAAAGGAGGAAGUUGAGCAAAGCAAACAAAUUGUACAAGCAGAGAAAGAUGACCUACAGACAAGGUCUGGGGAUUCAGAAAAUGUGGAAGAAAUAGCUGCUCAAAUUCAAAAGCAAAAGCAAGAAAUGGAAAGGAUCACAGAGGAAGCAAUCACAAAUAAGGAAAAACUGGACAUUAUCAAUGAAGAGAUAAAAAGAGAAAAAGAAGAAAUAGAAAAGAACAGGGAAAUGAUGGCUAGAGAAAAAGAUGAACUUGAGCUACGGAAGGCUGAGUUAAAAAUGGAGAGAGAACAGUUGAGUAAGUUGAUGCAAGAACAAAAUAUAGAGAAAGAAUGUCUUGAACGAAUAAUCACUGAAAUUGAAAUAGAGAAAGAAGAAUUUCAUAAAAACAAGGGAUUGAUUGAAAGGGAUAUGGAUGAGAUGAAGCUCAGAGAGGCUGAAAUAGUGCGAGAAAGGUAUCAAAUGGGAAAACUUGUCGCUGAACUGACUGAGAAACAAAGAAGAGAAGUUGAUUCCAUACUCAAACUGACAAUCCAGGAGAGAGAAGAGCUGUUGAAGAUUAAGGCUGAAAUGAAAGGAAAGGAAACACAAACGGAUGAUGGUGAUUUGAGGCUGGAAAGGGAAAAAGAAGAACUGGGAUUGCUGAAACGUGAUACAGCUAGAGCAACAGGUACUGAACGAAGCAUGACAGAAACUGAGGAAAGCAUUGAAUUAGAACAAAUAAAGUCUCAAAUUACUAGAGAAAAAAAGCAAGUAAUGCGAGAACAACAAGACAUAAAAAGAGAAAAGGAUAAGCUUGUACAGAGUGAAGUUGAAUUACAAAGACGUUCUGAGGACUUGGAAGGCAUUAUGGACAAGACAAAAAUAAAAAUUCAAAACGCUGAAGAAAUGGCUGGACAGAUUCAAAAGCAAAAAUAUGAAAUUAAAAGACAAAUGGAAAACUUAAAUGCUAAACAUGUUGAAUUAGAACAAGAACAAAAGGAAAUUGAUAGGCAGAAAAAAGAAUUGGAUGAAACAAAAACUAUAACAUUUAAGGAAAAAGCUUUAUUAGAAAAUAAGAAACAUGAUAUACAAAAACAGAAGCAAGAGGCAGAAGUCAUUUUUGAACUAACAAAGCGGCAAACAGAGGAGCUGAAGAAAACAAAAACUGAAGUAGAGGGUAAGAAAGGACAAAGAGAUGUCGACUGGAGGGAACAGCUGAAGACCAAAGCAGAGGUCCAGGAAUUUUCUAAACACGAUUUAGGCAAAAUAGCAGAUAUUGAGAGAAGUGGUAUAAUGGGAAAAGAAGAGAAAAAUGAGUUGGAAGGAAUGAGAUUAGAAAUACAGAGAAAAGAGGAAGAGAUGGAACAAGAAAAACAAAACAUGAAAUCAGAAAUUGAUAAAUUGGAACAGAUGAAAGCUGAGUUACAGAAACGAUCUGAGGAUUUAGACAGCAUAAUGGAUAAGACAAAUAAGGAAAUAGAAAAUGUUGAAGAAAUGGCAGCAAAAAUUAAAAAGGAAAGGGAGGACAUUGAGAAGGCCACUGACGAGACCAACAUGAAAAAGGCAAAUUUAGAAGUGCUAAAUGCUGAUAUUAAAAGAGAAAAAGGAGAGAUGGAGAAUGACAAAGAGAAGAUAGCUAAGGAGAAAAAUUACCUUGAACAAAUUAAGGCUGAGAUUCAAAGUAAGAGAAAGGUGGUAGAAAACCUUAUGAAAGACCAAAUGAAAGAAAAAGAAUGCAUUGAAGAAAUGAGGGCUGAGGUGGAAAGAGAGAAACAAGAAAUGAAUAAUAUUCAGGAAAAUAUCAAAGUUGGUAUGAGUGAGUAUGAAAAGGAAAGGGAUUGUAAAAAGACAGAAAAAGAUGAAUUGGAAAACAAAGUUGUUGAACUGAAAAAGGAAGAACAAACUUUGAAAGAGGCAUUAAGGGAGAGGAAAUAUCAUCUCCAACAAAUUAAGAUUGAGAUGGAAAGAGAGAGAGAAGAAAUGGAUAACACCAAGACCAAGAUAGCAGUUGAUAUGAAUGAGAUGGAACAGAGAAAGGUUGAGAUAGAGAAUGGAAAAUAUGAAGCAGAAAAGUUGAUGGCUGAACUGAAAGAGGAAGAGCAAAGAAUGAAGGAGGAAAUCUGUAAGAUGAAAGAGAGCCUGGAACAGAUCAACACAGAAAUACAACUACAGCGAGAAGACAUUGAAAGCAAGAUGGAGGAGCUGACUGUUAAAAAGGCUGAGUUUGAAAAUGUUACGAAAGAUAUCAACAGACAAAAAGAGGAUAUGCAAAACCAGCGGGAGGAAAUCGAUCAAGAGAAACAAAAUAUUCAAGAUGAAAAGGAUGAGCUGGAAAAGAUCAAGGCUGAUUUACAGACACGAUCUGAGAAUCUAGAAAACCGAAUGGAGGAGACAAAGAGAGAAAAAGAAAAUGUUGAGCAAAUGGCUAUCCAAAUCCAGAAAGAAAAGGAGGAAAUGAAAAGUGUUAUCGAGGACAUCAAGAGAACGAAAGCUAAUCUGGAAGUGAUGAACACUGAGAUUGAGACAAAGAAACGAGAAACAGAAAACAUAAUGGAAAGGGUCUCAAAAGAAAAAGUCAACCUGGAAAAAAUUACGAUUGAAAUGGAAAGAGAGAGGGAAAAAAUGUAUAUCACCAAGGGAAAGAUGGUGACUGAGAUGGAUGAGCUGGAACAGAGAAAGGCUGAAAUCGAGAAUGGAAAAGAUGAAGCAGAAAAGUUGAUGGCUGAACUGAAAGAGGAAGAGCAAAGAAUGAAGGAGGAAAUCUGUAAGAUGAAAGAGAGCCUGGAACAGAUCAACACAGAAAUACAACUACAGCGAGAAGACAUUGAAAGCAAGAUGGAGGAGCUGAAUGUCCAAAAGGCUGAGUUGGAAAAUGCUAUGACAGAUAUCGACAGACAAAAAGAGGACAUGCAAUACCAACGACAGCUAAUUGAACAAGACAAACAAAAGAUGCUAAAUGAAAAGGAUAAUCUGGAAAGGAUCAAGAUGGAUAUAGAAACACGAUCAGAAAAUCUAGAAAACCUUUUUGAGAAAACAAAGAGGGAGAAACAGGAUGCUGAGAAAAUGGCUAUUCAAAUUCAGAAGGAAAGGGAGGUUAUUGAAAGUGUUGUCGAAGAGAACAACAAACGGACAGAGAAACUGAAAUUAAUGAAAACUGAGCUGGAUAAAGAGAAACAAGAAACAGAAAACAUCAAGGACAUGGUAACAAAGGAGAAGCGUGAACUGGAACAGAUCAAGAUGAAGUUAGAGACACGAUCUGAAAAUCUAGAAAACAUAAUGGACGAGACAAAGAGGGAGAAGGAGGAUAUGAUGAGGAUAAAGGCUGAAAUAGAGGAACAGAAAGAUCAAAUGGAAGACAAUCUGAUGGAAACUCUGAAACAGGACAGAGAAGAACUUGAACGUCUAAAACAUAACAUACAAAUUGAAAAGGCGGACCUCGAAAAAAUUACACAAUUGGCAAUGAAAGGUCAGGAUGAGUUGGAAUUACAAGUGUCUGAAAUGCAAACCCAAAGAGAGGGAAUAGAAAAAGACAAACAAAAGAUACAAGAUGAGAAGGAUGAGGUGGAACAGAUUAAGAUGGAGUUACGGAGAAGGUCAGAGAAUCUAGACAAAAUAAUGGAGGAGACCCAGACAGAAAAGGAGAAUCUUGACAACAUGGCUGUCCAAAUCCAGAAGGAGAAAGAGGUAAUUGAAAGUGUUGUUGAGGAUAUCAAGACAAAGAAGACUGAUAUGGAAUUGAUGAAAGCUGAGAUUGAGACAGAGAAACAAGAGACAGAAAACAUGAAGGAUGUGAUAUCAAGCGAGAAACGUUAUUUGGAGCAAAUGAAGAUUGAGAUGGAAAAAACCAAGGACAAGAUAGCAAUCGAUGUUGGUGAUUUGGAACAGAAAAAGGCUGAGAUUGAGAGAGAAAGAGAUGAAGCAGACAAGAAGAUGGUUGAAUUGAAAGAGGAAGAGCAAAGUAUGAAGGAGGAUAUUAAGAAGACGAAAGACAACCUAGAGCAGAUCAAUGCUGAAAUACAAUUACAGCGAGAGGACAUUGCAACCCAAAUGGAGGAGCUAAAUGUCAAAAAAGCAGAGUUGGAAAACAUUCAAAUGGACAUCGACAGACAAAAAGAACAGAUGGACGAAACGCAAAAUGCUAUAAUCAUGGAAAAGAAUGAACUGGAAGAGAAGCUUGCUGGCAUGCAAAAACAAACGGAGGAGUUGGAAGCCAUCAUUGAAAUGACAAAGCAGGAGAAGGAGGAUGUGAUGAGGAUAAAGGCUGAAAUAGAGGAACAGAAAGAUCAAAUGGAAGACAAUCUGAUGGAAACUCUGAAACAUGACAGAGAAGAACUUGAACGUCUAAAACAUAACAUACAAAUUGAAAAGGCGGACCUCGAAAAAAUUACACAAUUGGCAAUGAAAGGUCGGGAUGAGUUGGAAUUACAAGUGUCUGAAAUGCAAACCCAAAGAGAGGGAAUAGAAAAAGACAAACAAAAGAUACAAGAUGAGAAGGAUGAGGUGGAACAGAUCAAGAUGGAGUUACGGAGAAGGUCAGAGAAUCUAGACAAAAUAAUGGAGGAGACCCAGACAGAAAAGGAGAAUCUUGACAACAUGGCUGUCCAAAUCCAGAAGGAGAAAGAGGUAAUUGAAAGUGUUGUUGAGGAUAUCAAGACAAAGAAGACUGAUAUGGAAUUGAUGAAAGCUGAGAUUGAGACAGAGAAACAAGAGACAGAAAACAUGAAGGAUGUGAUAUCAAGCGAGAAACGUUAUUUGGAGCAAAUGAAGAUUGAGAUGGAAAAAACCAAGGACAAGAUAGCAAUCGAUGUUGGUGAUUUGGAACAGAAAAAGGCUGAGAUUGAGAGAGAAAGAGAUGAAGCAGACAAGAAGAUGGUUGAAUUGAAAGAGGAAGAGCAAAGUAUGAAGGAGGAUAUUAAGAAGACGAAAGACAACCUAGAGCAGAUCAAUGCUGAAAUACAAUUACAGCGAGAGGACAUUGCAACCCAAAUGGAGGAGCUAAAUGUCAAAAAAGCAGAGUUGGAAAACAUUCAAAUGGACAUCGACAGACAAAAAGAACAGAUGGACGAAACGCAAAAUGCUAUAAUCAUGGAAAAGAAUGAACUGGAAGAGAAGCUUGCUGGCAUGCAAAAACAAACGGAGGAGUUGGAAGCCAUCAUUGAAAUGACAAAGCGGGAGAAGGAGGAUGUGAUGAGGAUAAAGGCUGAAAUAGAGGAACAGAAAGAUCAAAUGGAAGACAAUCUGAUGGAAACUCUGAAACAUGACAGAGAAGAACUUGAACGUCUAAAACAUAACAUACAAAUUGAAAAGGCGGACCUCGAAAAAAUUACACAAUUGGCAAUGAAAGGUCAGGAUGAGUUGGAAUUACAAGUGUCUGAAAUGCAAACCCAAAGAGAGGGAAUAGAAAAAGACAAACAAAAGAUACAAGAUGAGAAGGAUGAGGUGGAACAGAUCAAGAUGGAGUUACGGAGAAGGUCAGAGAAUCUAGACAAAAUAAUGGAGGAGACCCAGACAGAAAAGGAGAAUCUUGACAACAUGGCUGUCCAAAUCCAGAAGGAGAAAGAGGUAAUUGAAAGUGUUGUUGAGGAUAUCAAGACAAAGAAGACUGAUAUGGAAUUGAUGAAAGCUGAGAUUGAGACAGAGAAACAAGAGACAGAAAACAUGAAGGAUGUGAUAUCAAGCGAGAAACGUUAUUUGGAGCAAAUGAAGAUUGAGAUGGAAAAAACCAAGGACAAGAUAGCAAUCGAUGUUGGUGAUUUGGAACAGAAAAAGGCUGAGAUUGAGAGAGAAAGAGAUGAAGCAGACAAGAAGAUGGUUGAAUUGAAAGAGGAAGAGAAAAGUAUGAAGGAGGAUAUUAAGAAGACGAAAGACAACCUAGAGCAGAUCAAUGCUGAAAUACAAUUACAGCGAGAGGACAUUGCAACCCAAAUGGAGGAGCUAAAUGUCAAAAAAGCAGGGUUGGAAAACAUCCAAGCUGAUCUAGACAGACAGAAAGUAGAACAUGAUGAGAUGAGAAAAUAUAUAUUUGUGGAAAAGAAUCAACUAGAUGAGAGGAAUGCUGCCUUGCAAAAACAAAGGGAGGAGGUGGGUAAAGUCAUGGAACCAACAGCUAUGGUGAAGAAAGAUGUGAUGAAGGCUGAAGUAAACACACAGACAGAGCCCAUGGAAGACAGCUUGGAGGAACAGCUCAAAAGGGGCAUGGAAGAAAUUGCAGGUCAUGACAUACAUAAAGAGAAAGAGGACCUGGAACAAACCGACAGGCUGUCAAUGAUAGAGAGGGAUGAGUUGGAAUCCAUGAAGUCUGAAAUAGGAAAACAAAGACAGGAAAUAGAGGAGAACAAAGAAAAGAUACAGGAUGAGAAGGAUGAGAUUGAAAAGAUCAAGAAUGAUUUACAGACACGGUCAGAGAAUCUAGACAACCUCAUGGAAGAGACAAAGAGGGAAAAGGAGAAUGUUAAGGACAGGGCUGUUCAAAUCCAGAAGGACAAGGAGGAAAUUGAACAUGUUAUUGAUGAUAUCAAGACAAAGAAAGAGGAAUUAGAAUUGAUAAAAGCCGAUAUCGAGACAGAGAAAAACGUAAUUGGAAAUUUGAAGGACUUGAUAUCAAAGGAGAAAGAUGAUCUGGAACACAUGAAGAUUGAGAUGGAAAGAGAGAAGGAAGAAAUGGGCCAGAUCAAGACUGAUUUACAGAGGAGGUCAGAAAAUGUAGAGAGAAUGAUGGAGAAGACAAAAGGGGAUAAUGUUGAUGUAGAAGAAAUGGCUGCCAGCCAGCAAAAGGAAGAAGUGAUAAGUGUGGCAGACAUAGAUACACCGAGAGAAGAUGAUGAGGUAGCCAACUCUGCUGACAAGAGUGAGAGGAAAGAAGCUGAAACCAAAAUAAAACUCCUGACUAAUGCUUCAACACAGACAUCUCUUGUGGAGAUGGAAAUAUCACAAGAAAUGGAAGAAGGACAAGGACUCCAAAAAGAAAUCACAAUGGUGGAAAGGGAGGAACAAUCCCUUUUGAAGGCUUGGCCACAGACACAAGAAGACAAAACUGAAAGUAGAAUGGCAGAGUUAAUACAACACGAGAAUGAGUUGGAAAAGAUAAAGACUGAAAUACAGAGAGAAAAGAAGGAACUGGAAAACCAAAUUAUUCAACAGAAAGAGGACGAGAAGAUCAUGAUGGCAGAGAUAGAGACGAGGAGACAGAGCAUGGAGCAGGUCAGCGCAGACCUACUGAGACAGAGGGAAGAAAUUGAAAGUCAAAUGAAAGAACUAAAUGACAGAUGGGAAGAACUACAGUACAUGCAAUCUGAAAUGCAAAAGCAGAAAACAGAAAUAACAGAAAGUCAGAGUUCUACUGUUAAUCUACAAGAACAACCAUACACACACAAACAAAUAACGUUGGUAACAAAGGCGGACAUGGCUACUCUAGAAAAGAUUAAACCGUUGACAGAAGAGAGGUUACAAACUGUAGAUUUGAGGAGUUUGGCCCAGAGGGAAAAGGAUGAGCCAGAGCAAGGUAAGCCUGAGACAACGAUGACAGACAUAAGAGAAUCAACAAUGGAGGAGAAAGAAGAGCAAGAUCAGGUGAUGAAUGACCUGCAAAAAGAGCAGGAAGAAACAGAAAGAAAGGAGGAAACUAAGGGCAUAAAAGAGAAGACAGAGAGGGAGAAGGAUGGGCUGGAACGGGUUACCAUAGAGUCCCAGAGACUGUUGGGAGAUCUGGAGAACAUUGUGGAGGAAACCAUGGAGAAAGAGGGUACAGAGGACAUGGCUUUCCAAAUACAAAAGCAAAAGGAGGACAAUGUGAGAAUCAUUGAGGAGAUGGAGCAAAAGAAGGCUGCUUUAGAGCUGAUGAAUGUUGAGAUGCAAAGUGAGAGAGAAGAAAUAGACUCUAACAAGGCCAUGAUUGAAAGGGAGAAGGAUGGCCUGCAACAAAUGAAGUCUGAGAUUACGCAGCAAAGAGGCGAAAUUGAACAAAUUACAGCUGUCUUAAAGGAUGAGAAGGACACUCUUGAGCAAUUUAAGAUUGAGAUGGAAAGACAGAGACAAGAGAUGAUGAACAAUAUGGACUUGAUGGAAAGAGAGAGAGAUGAACUGGAAAAGACAAGGUCUGAGAUGGAGGAGUUGGAACACAUGAAAGCUGAAAUAGAAAGACUGAAGGAUGAAAUUGACAAAAGAAAGGGUGCAGCAAUGAUGGAGGUGCCUCAGUUGGAAUGCAUUCAGAAACAGAGAGAUGAAGUUGUCUUCGUCUCAGAUACAACACAGACAGAACAAAUAAAGGAUGAACCCGAACAAAGCAAGGUUGAGACACUUCACACAAAGGAAGAAAUGAUGGACUCAAUCAAGAAGGAGAGAGAAGAUCUAGAACAAAUGAGAGCUGACAUACAAAAACACAUGGAAGACAUCAAUAAAAACAAGAACGUGACAGAUAGGGGGAAGUAUGAGUUGGAGCAAAGACAGUUACUACUAAACCAGCAUGAGGAGGAAAUGGAAAGCUUGAGGCAACAGUUACAGAAGGAGAGAGAAGAGCUGGAUGAGAUUAUGAAUGACAUACAAAUCAAGCAAUACAUAUUAAAGAGUGAGAGGGAUCAAUUGGAAAAGAUAAGGGUUGAGAUCCAGAGAGAAAAGGGUACAGAAGGUUACUGGAUUACUCAACAUAAAGAAGAGGAGGGGAGGGAAAUGGAAUACCUGGAGUGGUCUUCGGCAGAGACAGACACUCUUAGCUCAGGAGCAGACAAUAUAAUGGCAGUAGGCAGUAGAGAGAUGGACGAGACGAAAGAAAUAACACCUACGGCAGAGACAAAACAAAAAGUCAAAUUGGUAAAGCAAGAAACAGAAAAAGAUGUAAGCAAAACUGAGCAUAAGGACAAAAGGAGCUAUAUGAAUGUUGUGACACAAACGCAUUCAGAAGAGAUGCAAAAAGCACACAAAGUUCUGGAGCAGGUGAAUUCUGCAACACAAACCUCACCAGAGAAGAUGGAAGAAAUUGAGGAAGUAGGACAGUUGAAGAAGGAGGAUGAGGAGGGUGAGCUUGCACUACUGAUGGUUGAAAUAGACAAACAGAGAAAAGAGAUUGAAAACAACAUGGUGGAAAUAGAGAGAGAGAAGAAGGAGCUGCAACAGAUCAGAGCUGAGAUACAGACAGCCAAAAAAGAACUGGUGGAGACUGAGAUGCACGGACAGAUCAAAGAUUCCACUGAGAUCCAGAGACAGAUCAAAGAUUCCACUCAACUUAGAGAAGAAACUGAGAACAGCCUCAGACAGAAGACAACUACAACGCAAGUUGAGUUGGAUCUGACAACAGAUGAAAGGCUUCCAAAGAAAGAUCAUUUGGAGAAAAUCCGUCAAGAAGCUCAGACAGAAAGGGAGGAGAUCGAGAAGAUUAAGCACAGGGUUCAUGAAAUGAAAGAACAUCUAGAGGAAAGACUAGUGGUGAUUCAGAGACAUGAGUUGGUACAGAGAACAAGAAUACAAAGAGAGAAAGAAGAGUUAAAGAAGAUGAAGGCAGAGUUGGAGAGAGGCAGCCAAGCUCUGCAAAGAGAGUGGGACAGAGGUAGGAGGAAACUUCAGGAGAAGGACCAGGAGCUUGAGAUGCUAAAAGUGGAGAUGUUCAGAGAGAUCGAGAGACUGCAGGUUAAUAUGGACAAAGAGACAGAAACACUCAAGACAAGUGACAAAGGUAUCCAAACCUCAGACGUGGUAUUAACCGUAGACGAAGAGAGACUGUGGUUGAUGGAGGAAUCAACAACAAUGGAGGAGUACAGUAUGCUGGCAGAAAUAAGUCAAGAAACAGAGCAAACCACAGUGGAUAUGACAUUUGCCAGAUCAUCACUGGAGCUCCAGGCUCAAUCAGAGGAGCACACAGUGAUAGAGGAUGCUCAGAUGAGCGUAGUAGAAGCAGAAACUUCUCCACCUGGAUUCAGCCGGUUGCUACGGUGGUUUUGGCGCUACUGCUGUUGCUGCUGCCGCUGUUGUGACUGGUGCGGAAGGGAGUGUGAAGAAGAGGAGGAGGACAUAGUAUAG